AUGGAUCCCGCUCAGCCCAUAACGACCAGCACGCUGGCCGAAGCCAAGUACAUCGACUUCCCCAGUCUCCCGGCUGACGCCAAACACCCAGAUGGAUCCCCCGCACUCAACCGGCACUCGUCGACCAUCACGCGAGGCCAUGAUUUUCCCGGUGCACGGGCGAUGCUGUUCGCCGCCGGUGUCCCAGAUAAGGAAUCCAUGGCAAAGAGUCCCCAUGUGGGCAUUGCCUCUGUUUGGUGGGAGGGGAACCCGUGUAACAUGCAUCUGAUGGAUCUGGGCAAGACGGUCAAGAAGUCUGUGUCGGAUAAGGGCAUGAUUGGGUGGCAGUACAACACCAUUGGCGUCUCGGAUGCCAUUACGAUGGGCAGCGAAGGUAUGAGGUUCUCGCUGCAGACGCGUGAGAUCAUUGCCGACAGCGUGGAGACGGUCACCUGCGCUCAGUACCACGAUGCCUGUAUUGCCAUUCCCGGCUGCGACAAGAACAUGCCCGGUGUGGUGAUGGGUAUGGCCCGUCACAACCGUCCUUCGAUUAUGAUUUACGGUGGCACCAUUAACAUCGGCUACUCCAAUCACCUCCGGAAACCCGUCAACAUCUCCACCUGCUUCGAGGCAGCCGGUGCUUACGCCUACGAUACACUUCGCCAGCCGGACGAUGGCGGCGACACCAGCAAGACGAAAGACGAGAUUAUGGAUGAUCUCGAGCGACACGCUUGCCCCGGCGCUGGUGCAUGCGGUGGCAUGUUCACCGCAAACACAAUGGCCACAGCCAUCGAGUCCAUGGGUCUAUCUCUACCCGGCUCGUCUUCCACGCCCGCAGAAUCCCCAUCCAAGAUGCGCGAGUGCGUGCGCGCCGGAGACGCCAUCAAAACCUGCCUGGAGAAGAACAUCCGCCCGCGCGACCUCCUAACUCAGCGCUCCUUCGAGAAUGCCUUGGUCAUGACCAUGGCACUGGGCGGCAGUACGAACGGCGUCCUCCAUUUCCUCGCCAUGGCCCGCACAGCAGGCGUUGACCUAACCCUCGACGACUUCCAACGCGUCAGCAACAAAAUUCCUUUCAUCGCGAACCUCUCGCCGAGCGGAAAAUACUACAUGGCCGACUUAUACGAGAUCGGUGGCAUCCCCUCCGUGCAGAAACUGCUCAUCGCCGCGGGCCUUCUGGACGGCGACAUCCCAACCGUAACAGGCAAGACCCUUCGCGAGAACGUAGAAUCCUGGCCCUCCCUCCCAACCGAACAAACCCUCAUCCGCCCUCUCGACAACCCCAUCAAGGCAACCGGCCACCUCCAAAUCCUCCGCGGCAACCUCGCCCCCGGCGGCGCAGUCGCCAAAAUUACCGGCAAAGAAGGCCUCCGCUUCACGGGCAAAGCGCGCGUCUUCAACAAAGAGCGCCAACUUAACGACGCCCUCACCGAAGGCCGGAUCCCGCGCGGCGAGAACCUCGUCCUGAUCGUUCGGUACGAGGGUCCGAAGGGUGGGCCCGGGAUGCCGGAGCAGCUGAAGGCGAGCGCGGCACUUAUGGGCGCCAAGUUGAAUAAUAUUGCGCUUAUUACGGAUGGUCGGUACUCGGGUGCUAGUCAUGGGUUUAUUGUUGGACAUAUCACGCCAGAGGCGGCUGUUGGUGGUCCGAUUGGGCUUGUGCAGGAUGGGGAUGUUAUUACUAUUGAUGCGGAGACGAAUUCGCUGUCAAUGGAUGUUUCGGAUGAGGAGUUGGCGGAGCGGAGGAGACGGUGGACGCGGCCUGUGCCGCAGAUCACUAGGGGUGUGUUGGCGAAGUAUGCUCAUUUGGUUGGGGAUGCGUCGCAUGGGGCUAUGACGGAUUUGUUUUAG